AUGUCCAACUUCGAGCAAAGCCCAUUUGACCCGAAACAGUGCGAUGAGCAGGAGACGUAUUACAUCCAGAAGGCCAGAAGAGCUUCCAAGACUCGAGCUAACACUCCGCCUUCAGUGCCUCCAAAGGACCGGAAGUACACUCAGGGCGGACUGACUGCACAUCCUCCAGCGAGCCACAACAGAAAUCAGUCCGCCGCGUAUCCUGCCCUGCCUACCAGUAACCGCACAGCUAGUUCUCAGGCUCCAACAAGAAAAGCAGUGGGUUCUACUCUUCGUCCCAAACUAGACCUCUCUAAUGCCACGUACGAUCAGCAGGGCGCCACUGUUCAGUCCCCUCUGAGCAGUGGUGAGCGGACAAAACAAACGAUCCCGCUCACACACCGCGACCGAGACGGCAAGUACCAUGAGAAAGCGUACGAUAACCGCCCUCUUCUUCAGUCACCAAUCGAGCAAGCCUUUAUCCCUGCUGUAACCUCCUCACCCACACCCCCUGCCCCAGCUCGCCCAUCCUCCUCAACCUCCCGCUGGUCCUUCGGCGCCAGAAAAGACCAUGCUGACACAGAUUCCAUUGACUCCAGUCUACCCCAACGACCACGUUCGCGAGCCGGUAGUCUCACAGACAAAGUCUUCAGCGGCAUAGCCACCCGAGCCCGCCGAGCCUCGCAGUCCAUGAAAGAAAAGGCCGACAUUGUCCGCAUGGACUCGUCCCAGCGCGAUGAGUUCUGCGCCAGAUACGCCAAGCCCCUCAGCGAGAGCUCUGAUGAUUGGGAGCUUGAGCGACAGGAGGAUCCGCGAUCCAGACCAUUCGAGCAGAAGCGGGCAUUGUUGGAGAAGAAUAGACAUCUUAGAGAUGUUGUCGCAGAUACCGGAUCAGCCAUGGUUGAUGCCGAUUAUGAGAAUAUGGUCGCCACGACCGAGGCUAACAGGAAGAUCAACGAGGCCUAUGCGACAGACUACGAGCGACGCAAGGCUGAGGCUCUUCUGAAAGGUGAGAAUGUUCCCAAUCUUCCCCGUCGUAUGCCCACAGCCGAACUGGCCCUCUCGCCCAGUCAACGCUCAUCUGCCAGGGUGAGUGCCGGGAUCUACAAGGAGGAAGUCAAGACCAGCAAGCCUGAGCUCACCACCAGCGACAAAGUGGCUGUCCGACUAGGCAAGACAUUCGAUAAGCUAUACCUGCAGCAUCGCGAGCGAUCGAAUACGCUGGAGUCCGAGAUGUCGUUUGCUGACAUUGCUGUUCCAGCAGGUAUGGAGAAGUGCUCGUACUGCGGCGAGCCGCCUAAGGGUGUUCUGCGCGAUGGAUUGUGUACGCGUUGUCGGACGCAGAAGAAGAUUGAUACGCAUCAGGCGGCUAAGUCGGCGAUGAAAGAGCCAUCCAUCGACCGAUUUGUGGGUGCACAGAACGUGCUUCAGCAAGCUGAUCCGGAUAGUCCGCCUUGGAUGCGUGUUGCUGCGCAGAGGAAGAUGCGCCGAGUCCGCCGGACGGUAUAUGCAGGAGUGCCAAGCUUUGCCGCCGAUGACGAUCGUGAUAGUGUAGAAUUCACUUUGCUGCCAUUCAAGUCCGUCGUCGUAGAUACCACCUUCGCCGGUUUAAGACCUGGCCAGCAGCCAGACAGUCCAGAAGUCACCUGUCUACUCAACGGCCAACCAUUCGACGAUGCAUCAGAAUCACCCGCAGAUGGCCGAGUCCCCUUCGGCAGCCAUCCAGAUGACUUGCUCCCGCUGCCGCCUACGCCAGGACUCCAAAGCACGCCGACUCUGAUGAAAGCUGAUCGCCAUACCUCGCAACGCGCAAUAGCUGAACUACAAGAGGCUUCGCCACGCUCAAGUUGGCAAGCUCAUCCGAGGUCUCUCAUUCCUGGUUCUCCGACUACUUCGCGUGUACGUGAGCGCGAUGUGCGUAACACGCAGUUCUACGGCUUCUAUAAUGAUAUCUUCUCGGAUUACCAGGGUAAGCGGGAUAGUCUCUCGGGAGCCAGGCGAUGA